AUGCCCGACCUCUCCUCCGAGAACGCCCACCUCGUCGGCCUCCUCGCCGACACCUUCGCCAGCGGUCUCUACAUCGCCUACCUACCCCAGUCCAUCGCCGUCCUCAGGAGGAAAUGGAGGGCAGGGCUCCCCAUCUGGCUCCCGCUUUGCUGCGCAAUCAUAUUCGUCCUCGAGAUGGGUGAUUGGUGGACAGAGCUCGUCCUCGGUUACCAGGCCUUCAGCCUGCAUCCAGGACAGAAGCUCGCCAACCCGUCCGCGACGUACCACAACAUCUCCAACCCCGUCACUCUCGCCAAGGGCGUCUUCACUGCCGCCCUUGCCAUGUUCUCAGAUCUCAUCAUUGUUCACCGAGCGCUCAUCAUUUGGAACUACAACCUCCUCGUCGCCUUCCUUACUAUCGGUCUCCUCCUCGCUUCUUACGGCGUCGGCGCGUGGUCCGUUUGGACAGAGUUCCAGACAGGCACUGUUUCUGUCGGUAUCCUCGCCGCUGAGGUGACUGUGCGCGUGAGGUACUUCUUCAUCAUCACCUUCGCCCUCAACAUCCUCUGUGCAGCCCUCAUCUCCUGGAAGAUUUGGCGCGUCACUAGACGGACAGCCAAGCAUAUACACGGCAACAACCCUGUAGCUCAGGUUAUGUCGAUUGUCAUCGAGACUGCCGCGAUCUACUGCGCGAACCUCCUCGCCCUCAUCAUCUCAAGCUUCGUCCAAUCCAACACGUUCUUUAUCUUCCUCCAAAUGCUUCCGGCGGUGAACGCGAUUACCUUCACGAUGCUGUGGGACCAACGUCUCACCACGCUCCGCUUCGGCUCCUCCGCCAACGACACUCGGUUCUCGCGCUCCGCGCACCACAUCGAGACCGGCAUCAGCCUCGACCAGAUGUCGGUCGCGAACACCACCGCACGCUUCGACGGUUCCCGUGCGGACGACGAGUCUAAGUUCGCGACCGCGGUAUAG